CGCCUCCUCCACCGUCGCGUCGGCCGGGUUGAUGUCGAUGCAAGUCGAGAGCUGGAUUUUUCGCUGGCACCGCAGCACGGAAAGCGUAGUUUGACCUUCAUCUCUCGGGUUUCCGACCGAGAGAGCUUUCACGCGGCUCACAAUACGUGCGAUUAUCGAUCCAACGAGGAAAGUCAAAAAUGACGAUGAAUCAACCUCGACAUACCUAUCGAGGCCGACCGUCGGCAUGUCCCGGACCGUGUAAUCCAUUGAACGCUCAUCACCAUCACCAUCAUCACCGUCAUCAUCGUCAGAAGCACAUAACCGAAGCCGCUACGUCGCAAAAGGAAACGACCAUAUCGGAAGAGCUCGAUCGAAUGUUGCUUCUCAAAUAUUUUGACUUAGACGUUUCGGUUACGUCUGACACACCGACGACGGGCGUCAAAUCGAUCGCCACGACAUCAUCCUUCACCGAGAUUGCUGCGAUCAAAGUUUCUUCCGUUUCGAAAAUUGGUCGACCCAGAGAAACCGCGGCUGUACCGCCGACGAUGCUGCCGAAACAGUUAAACAUGCUGUGCGGAGAACAAUCCACGUCGAGCAAGAGACAAAUCGAACUGAUAUCCGCGCCGAAACCGAUAUCUAUUCUGAAGAGAUCGAUUGUGAGAACGUUGAUUUUUCGAACAGGACCGGGGAUUCUGGACGGUGCAAGAAGCGCAAUCACCAGCGGAUUAAAUGGAUUAAAUGGAUUUACGCCAAAGAGAAUACCGUCUCUUCGUUCAUAUCUGAUCAUUGUGAUGAUUUACGCGGUGAUGCACGUGUUACUAGUUAUACUCACGUGGCGAACAUCCACCUAUCAGUUUUUCCUAUCGAGUCAGAUCUGUGGAAUUAUUGCGAUCCUUAUGCGCAGAAUAACCGGCACGAUAUUGAUGUAAAACGCGCAGAUAAUUGAUAUAUCGAGAUAUACAUUGGCUAUAUACACAGCGAACGUCGAAAUUGACUGACAUGUUUUGUGCCAAUUCAUCAUAAUUAUAUACAAGAAGCGCGAUAUCUCCGUAUCGUUUUCCGUUACAAUGCGGAUCUAUAAAUCUUCAAGAAAAGUCCUAUUAAAUAAGCGAGUUGCAAAAGCAGCGUUAACGAUUGCGUUCCGCGGAACGCGAUCAUUGAUUAAUCGGUGACCGCUGCCAAAUUGACGAGUUCUACGCGCCGUCUAGAAAGUCUCUAUGAGAUAUCACGACAAGAUUACAUUAGAACGUCGAAGAAGUUAAAAGCUCAGAAAUCGAUGCUAAUUGAUGAAUGUGUCUUUAUUUGAAAUGUCAAAUAAGACUGUGAUUUAAAAGACUGUGAUUAAUGAUGUCACUCGUUUACCGAAAUAAUCGCGUUAUACUUCACAAUAAUAUUAAUAAUGAUGUCAAAAUUUCACGUAUACAAUAUAUACAAACAUAUAUGUAUAA